AUGCGUUGCUCACCACUUAUAAGUCUUGGUACGCUCCUGCUGAGCGCCGUGCCCGCGCUGGGAACAUCAGCUUCUCGCAGGAUUGAUGAAAAGGGCUUCGCGUCGGCCAAGGAGCUCCUCGCAAUCAACCAGCAUAUUGGAGGAGCUGGCUUGCGCGGCACAGCUAGCGCGAGGCAGAAUGCACUGAUUGACUGGCUGGAUGGGCAGCUCCGACAAGUCCCCGGUCUUGUGCUGUCCUACAACUCGUUCAAUUUAACGAGAUGGGAGCCGCAGCAGGACAACCUGGGCGAAUCUGCCUCACUGAAGCUUCUUUAUCCUGGAGCGUGCUCCAACACGCUCACUGUCGCUGGCGCCAUACCAUACACUAGGGUUACCAACGGCGACCCAGUCAAGGCUGAGCUCUUGUACGUGCCGCAAGGGACAAAACUGUCAACCGUCAAUGCAACAAAUAAGAUUGUUAUCCGCGACGUUGCGUUUCAGUCUGUUCCCUUUCCACUUCUUUUUGCCGUGAGCAACUUUCGAACUGCCGACUUAGACAGCGUAGCCAAGGGCAACUAUUCGCGGCCGUAUACCGCAAGCUUCAACGACGAAAUCAUCGACGCUACAGCCGCUGGUGCCCUCGGCAUCAUCUUCGCAUGGAAUGUACCCCAAAAAUACGUUCAAUCGUAUUUCGACCCACACGAGGGAACCAUCUAUCGAAUUCCCGGCGUCUUUGUCGGCGCGGAAGUUGCAGAAACUUUGAAAGAGGCUGCGUCCCAGGGUCUACUUGCAGAGAUAGACGUUCGGGGUGAGAUUGGUCCGUCGACGACUAAAGAAAUCUUUGCCACGCUGCCAGGAAUGACCUCGGACACUGUGAUUGUCACUUCUCAUACGGACGGCAACACAUGGAUCCAGGACAAUGGCGUCUCUGGCGUGCUGGCUCUUGCGCGCUACUUUGCAGCCCAGCCCGUCUCCUCGCGCAACAAGACGCUCCAGUUUGUCUUCACGUCAUCGCAUCUGCACUACAGCACAGACGGCAAUGGGUUGCUCGCCAAACGUCUGGACCAAAGCUACGACAAUGGAAACACGACCUUUGUUUUCCCGUUGGAGCACAUGGGCGCCAGGGAGAUUCUACCCACUCCUCGACCAGAGAAGCAUCUACCCGGCCAGGACCUCGCCUACACAGGUAAAGGCGAAGUCACACUUUGGGCUGUGGGACCGUCUGAUGCGCUACGCGACGCAGUCAUAAAUGCCGUGAAAUACCGAAAGCUGGAUCGCAUGUCGGUUAUGCCGGGGGUAGGUCUGCCAAACUCAACUGUCGUGCCCGAAUAUCAGUCGUUUGGCGGUAUUGGGACGUCGUACCACAUGGCUCUUGUUCCGACCAUGGCUAUAAUUUCUGGGCCAUGGUCGCUAUGGGCGCCGUAUUUCGGAGCUGACGCUCUGGAUUUUGACCGCCUUCGGCAGCAAUUACUGGCGGCUGGAGAUGUGCUGCUGAGCGUGGAUGGACUCUCAAGAGAGGAAAUCGCAGGUGGCUAUCUCAAGUACAGACGGGAACGUGCGGCGGGCAAACCGACUGCCUACCAAAAGUCGAUACCUGAAUUUGCGCCUUGA